AUAAUAUUGUAAUGUACACAUUAUACAUUUUAAAUUGUUUUAAGGAUUUAUCUUAUCAGUAUUAUCUAUUAAAUUAAAUAUUGUAGGCUAGUACUGCAAAACUCAAAGUCUGUAUAUACGUAAAUGUCAUUUAGACUUGUUUUAGGUACAUUAUAUAUUUGAAGAUCAAAGUUCUAUACCGGUUUUUACGUAUUUACAAGUGAGCGGUAGGUGAUAAUAAUAUAGUGCAUAAAUUACCCUUGUCUUGCCGAAUUCCUUUCACUUUUAUUAUCCAUUCUCUUCAGUCGUGUUAUCAAAAUACUGUCCUAAAGUGAAGUUGUUUCCAUGUCUAACAAUAGCAGAGUCACAGUACAAAAGUCCAAACUACAAUACGAAGAUCAAAAAAUGCUAAGAGGGUUAAGAAUAUGUGGGUUGAGAGGGCUUAUGCUAGAACCCUAUACUAGCUCUGUCCAAGUUUUUGCUAAUUAUGCAUCUACACAGCCCUCCACUAACAUACAAAAACUGCCCAGACUACCUGUGCCUAAGCUAAACGACACACUUAGCAAGUGGCUCAAGACUGUUAAACCAUUCUUAAAUGAUGAAGAAUAUGCUGCAACUACUUCUCUUGUUAAAGAGUUUGAAGGUGGAGUGGGGCAAAAAUUGCAGGCUUUACUGGAGAAAAGAGCUGGCAAGCAUGAGAACUGGCUGGAAGACUGGUGGCUCAACACUGCCUAUUUGGAAUACAGAGACCCUGUCGUAGUAUUCUCAAGCCCUGGUCUUGUUUUUCCGUUCCGGAAAUUUAAUAGUCAAGAAGACCAACUCAGAUAUGCUGCUAAAACCAUAAUUGCAGCAUUAGACUAUAAAGCUUUAAUAGACAAUGACAAGAUUCCUGUUGAAAUGAUGGGAAAAAGUCCACUGGAUAUGGCUCAGUACAAGAAGAUAUUUGGAACCUGUCGUAUUCCAUAUGAAAAAAGAGAUAAACUAUCGUUCAAUGAUACAAAACAUAUUACAGUCAUACAUAAUAACCAUAUUUUCCAUGUUGAUCUCUGGGGCAGUGAUGGAAAAAGGUUAAAUGUUGAUCAAAUUGUCCAAGCCUUGAAAAAAGUAGUAGACUUAUCAAAAACACCAAGCAGCGAGCCCAUCGGCAUACUUACUUCGGAAAACAGGGAUGCAUGGGCAAAGGCUUAUCAGCUUUUAUCUAAAGACAAAGUGAACCGAGAUUCAUUAGCCGAUGUGGAGAGUAGCUUGGCUGUGCUGUGCCUGGACAGCGCGGCGGGCCUGUGGCAGUGCGCGGACGACAACGCGCGGCGCAACGUGGCGGCCGCGCAGACCAUACACGGCGGCGGCGCGCCCGCCAACGGCGCCAACCGCUGGUUCGAUAAAACGAUACAGUUCAUCGUCGGAGCGGACGGCGUCACCGGACUCACGUAUGAACAUUCCCCGGCCGAAGGACAACCAAUAGCUGUUCUUACUGAUUUCAUUAUAAAAUAUAUUGAACAAGACAAAACCGGCGAUACGCCGUCGUCAGGGCCGAAGGAGCCUGCGCGCCUGCAGUUCAAUGUGGACAGCGAAGUUGCUGCUAUGAUCAAUACAGCGAAGCAGAGCUUGGACAAAUUAGUCGCCAAUUUAGAUCUCAAUUGCUUCAAGUUUGACAAAUAUGGUAAAAAUUUUAUCAAGUCACACAAGAUGAGCCCCGACAGUUAUUUGCAAAUGGCUAUGCAGUACGCAUUUUAUAGCUUGCACAAGACGCCGGGCGCGCACUACGAGUCGGCCGCCACGCGCAUGUACACCGGCGGGCGCACGGAGACCAUCCGCUCGUGCUCCGUGGAGUCCGUCGCCUUCGCGGCCGCCAUGUUGGACGCGCGCGCCUCCGCGCACGACAAGCUGGCCGCCAUGCGCGCCGCCAUCAAUGCGCACAAGGACUACACGGUGCAGGCAUUGCAAGGUUUUGGUGUUGACAGACACUUGCUGGGAUUGAAAUUGACAGCGAUCGAAAAUGGUAUCGAGCUGCCGAAAUUAUACUCCGACCCAGGAUAUGUGAGGAGUGCUCACAUGAGAAUAUCUACAAGUCAGGUGGCGUGCAAGUGCGACGGGUUCAUGUGCUACGGGCCGCUGGUGGGCGACGGGUACGCCACGUGCUACAACCCGCGCGACGACGACGUCAACUUCGCCACGGCCGCCUUCGCCGCGCACCCCGACACCGCCGCCGCGCGCUACCGCGCCGCGCUCGAGCGCGCGCUCGCCGACAUGCACGACGUGCUGCUGCACAGCGCGCGCUCCAAGCUGUGAGCGCUGCUGCGGCACGCAGCAGCACGGCGCGCGCUCCGAGCUGUGAGCGCUGCUGCUGCACGCAGCGGCACGGCGCGCGCUUCAAGCUUUUGAUCGUUGCAGCAACAACACUCACACCUUUGACAUAACAUUCAACAACACAACAAUGUAUAACUUGGCAAGUUCGUUGAAGACACUCGCAUGAUAUGCGGGCGACGGGGAGAAAGGACUGCGCGGGUAUGAAGUCGUGUGAGCGGGGCAUUGCUACCCCCCUCCCGGCCCGCGCGGGCGUGUUACGAACGAAUUUGCCAAGCUAUAGGCCUCGUUAAUAGGAGUAUCUACCUGGGACUAUGAAUGCUGCUGCUGCUGCACGCUGCAGCACGAUGCGCGCUCCGAAAUAUCAGCCAACAAAGCCUUUAUUGUAUAGCAAUUGCAUUGUUACUCAUUGAUAACAAUAUAAUGGUCGCUAUAUACGCCCACUAUUUUCUGAUCAAUCUUGAUUGUCAACCUUACUAUGUAAGUGUAAAGUAUUAUGGAUGAUGUUUAUGUAAAUAUGUAAAUGUCAUACAGAAUUAUUGAUAAAUAUUCCUUCAAUAUUACAAUCACGAGCAGACUGAUAUGUCAGGAUUUAUUAAACAAGUAUAUUAUUUUUUAUAUUGUUACUCAGAUUAUAAAUAAAUGUUCCAUGUUAUAAAACGUUUUAUAUUAUAAUUAAGUUAUUCAAUUCCCGGAAGAUGACUAUUUAUAACCGACUUCAAAAAAAGGAGGAGGUUCUCAGUUUGA